AUGCGCAUUUCCUUAAGUGCAAAGAACAAAAUUGGUUUCAUCAACGAGACAAUCAAGAGGUCGGAAGAAAAUCAUGAUACAUUUCAAACAUGGGAGCGUUGUAAUCACAUGGUACUUUCAUGGAUUCUUAACUCUGUUGAUUCUAACAUUGCAAGUAGUAGUAUCUAUACAGAAUCCGCAACCAAUCAAGAAAUUACGGAACUUCGACAAGGACACCAAUCUGCAUCAAUCUACUAUACUAAGAUGAAAGCUCUUUGGGAGGAACUAUCUUCAUACCACGACCCAAUCACUUGCACUUGUGGUGGUCUCAAGGGAUUCGCUGAAAGAGAAGAAAAAGAACGAGUCAUACAAUUCCUUAUGAGUUUAAAUGAUUUUUUUUCCAUUACUCGAGGAUCCAUACUUUUAAUGAAUCAUCUUCCCGACACCCGGAAGGUCCAUGCACUUAUUUUACAACAUGAGAGACAAAGUGAUGUGGCGGCCAACAGAAAUAAUUCUGGACAUGUUGUGAAUUUUGCACAACCCAAGAUACAAAAUCAGAUUGGUUCUCGACAGGUCACCGAGGCAGAAUCUCACUACUUGAUGGGCAACAAAAGGCUCUACUAUACCAACUCUGAAAUGGAUGGGCAUACCAUCGAUCGUCGCUUCUAUAUUCAUGGUUUUCCUCUAGGGCACAGAUAUCAUGGCAAAGACAUUAAACCGAAAGGCAAAAAAUCUAUAAAUUCCUCUGUUGUUCCCAAUAUUGAGAGGAGUGAAACCAAGCAGUUGACGACAAAAGAAUAUGAUCAGAUUAUGGCCCUCCUUCGCAAAGACAUCAGUAACACUGAACCUCUUAUCAAUACCUCAGGUAUUGAUUCUAUUUAUGCAAGUAGUACAUGGAUUUUGGACAGUAGUGCUAUUGAUCACGAUUUAACUACGAAGAAGACGAUUGGGUUGAGCAAACAGAGUAAUGGCUUGUAUUACCUUACAGUGAAGCCGAUCCCUCACCUUUGCAGCACCAUCAACCAUACAUUCAACCUAUGGCAUAAACGUCUUGGGCAUCCCACCGUUCAUCCACUCUGGUCAUUAUCUACUAUUCCAAAUAUUUCUUUAGAAUCAAGCAAUGCUGAUUACUCACUCUUCACACAAGUGUGUGGAAAUUCCUUUACAAUCAUCUUACUGUAUGUUGAUGAUAUGAAUAUAGUAGGGAAUGAUCAAAAGGCCAUCAACAAUGUGAAGGUUUUUCUUGCAACUUGCUUUAAAUUUAAGGACCUUGGAAUGUUAAAAUAUUUCCUUGGAAUUGAAGUAGCUCGUUCUAAAAUGGGCAUUUCCAUCAACCAACACAAAUACACACUCGAUCUGCUUCAAGAAGCAGGAUUGCUUGGUGCAAAACCUGCUAAGUUUCCCAUGGAACAAUCCUUGAAGCUCACCUCAAAUAAUGGCAACUUACUCAAAGAUCCGAUGCAUUAUGGAUAA